AACGAGAAGCUGGAGGUGAAACAGAAAUGGGCCUCGCGGCUUCUAGGCAAGUUACGAAAGGAUAUCACGCAGGAGUACAGGGAGGACUUCGUGCUGAGUAUCACGGGGAAGAGGCCAGCCAUGUGUGUCCUGAGUAAUCCUGAUCAGAAGGGCAAAAUGCGUCGGAUCGAUUGCCUGCGUCAGGCCGACAAGGUAUGGAGGUUGGACCUGGUGAUGGUGAUCCUCUUCAAGGCAAUUCCGUUGGAGUCGACGGACGGGGAACGGCUUGAGAAGACUGCGGAAUGCGCUCAGCCGGGCCUCUGCGUCAACCCCUAUCACAUCAACGUCUCCGUCCGGGAACUCGAUCUCUACCUCGCCAAUUUUAUCACCAGUCACGAGGUUCUAAACGGCAUCUGCAACGCGAGCAAGGAGGAAGAAAGGCGGCGAAAAGGUGCGGGCUACCACGAACUAUAUAACGGUGUUGUCUGCAAUGACACGAUCCUUGCGACAGGUGUCUUCAGCUCCAAGGAGCUCUGGAUGCUUUCAAAAGCGUCCAUACUGCAUGACCUCAGCGACAUGCAGCCUCAAAUAAACGCGAUCAAAAUAGAGCACCCGCCGUACUACUGCAGCAGCUACACCCCUCCGUCCGCAGCCACGGCCGCGGAUCAUGCUCAGCCAGCGGCUAGCUUCAGCCCACCACCAGUGCACCAAUUGAUAAGGAACGACAAGACUGAAAAGCCCCCGACGGUAUCCGUAUCGAGCGCGCCGACCUUCUCGCCGGUCCUCAGGCCCGAGGACGGCCAUCGCGGAAUGGACUCACCUCAUUCGCAAACGGGAUUGCACUCGCCGCACGAAGGGCUGGCCGGUGGUUCCGGUCAGAGUAUGUCCGGGCUCGGCUACUACCAACCGGAGCACCCUGCCUCCGCGGGGGUGGUCAAGUACCCCGAGAACGGUCACGACACCCUCUCGGACUUCGUCACGUUCGUCUGCCAGGAGGCCGAGAAUACGCAGCAACUGCCCCAGGCGCAGCUAGCCGGACCCCGCACUGGUAUACAAAAGUUCUCACAGUAUUAUCCGAGCUCGAUGUUGCCGCCGCCGCCGCCGGCCCCGAUGGCGAGGCCGGUCGCGAUAAUCAGGUCGACGGGCGAAUUAACGGCGGCGAGUUCGAACUCACCGCCGACAUCGUCGACCUCGCCCACGGACCCGUCCGAGCUGGCGUCGAGUCAGGAGCAAAUGGCGGCCGCGGCCGCGGUGGGCCUCGUCGGCUCCGGUUGCCAGAGCUCCGUCGAUCCCGCCGGAAGGAAGAGUCCAGCAAGGAUCCUCGUCACCGCGCCCCACACCAGCCGGGAAUACACCUUUGCUCAUUUCCACUCCCAACCUGGACAGCAAAUAUUCACCUAUCCCACGAUCAGCUCCAUGUCGGGGGUGAUCUCUCCGACGAACCUCUCCCUCUUUUCGUCGCCGGUCUCGGUGACGAGGCCAGUGGCGACUCAGAGAUCAGUUUCGAACGUGCCGCCCCGCUGGAACACUGCGCCGUUCAUUAACCUGGAAGACGACUACAACAUGAUCGCCCCGAUCAUCACUGGAACCGCCAGCGAACCACCCUCCGCCAUGGACGAAGAACGAUACUUCCAUCCGGUCCACACGAGCAGCGUCGUGGACAAGAGCGGCGGCAACCUGAUGGGCACCGACCUGGGCGUAGGCGCGGACCCGACGUCGCACCACCACCAGUCCCAGCAGGCCCAGCAGUCCCAGCAGCAGCCGCAGCAGCAGUCCCAGCAACAGCAGCAGCAGCCCAGCCAGCAACAGCAACAAGUGAUGCAAGACAAAAGCGGGAGACCGAAGUCUCCCCCGUGACACUGGAGGCUCAGACCGGAAAGUCUCGAGAAGUUCGCAUGUUCCACGGGGUCGUUACUCACCGCCGCCGCCGCCGCCGCUGCCGCUGCGUACGAUGACAACCCUGAACAACAACAACAACAACAACAACAACAACCGCCGCCGCCGCCGCCGCCGCUGCCGCCACCGCCGCCGGAUGGGAAUCGCCAGGAUUCCUCGUGUCGUGUUCAGCUUCGCGACCAAAGCCCGCGGAGAAUCGAGUGCCUGAGAGUCUGAUCGUUAGUUUAAGCCGACGCCGCGCUGUGGGGCCGAGGGACUUCCGGCGAACGGGACCGGAGGCCUGGGCUGCUUCCCCGGGCAAAGAACAACUUUGAGAUACUACUGAAAGAUCACACCAAGGUCUGGCCCCCCAUACUCGGCGCCAAUGUCUCUUGACCCUCUGAGGAAUUCGGACAGGCUACUGGCUCCUCGCGAACCCUGGUAUCCGUCGGCUGAUCCUCCUAUCUGUGGACGAAAGGAGACUUAAGAUAUCGUUUGAGAGAUGGCUUCUGGGUUAUCCCUUUGUGUCCAGAGUUAGGGGAUCUUCCAUCUCUGAUACUAGGUUAGGUAGAUCGGAUAGACACCUGUUCUGAAUUAGUGUUCACCUUUUAUUAUGCUUCAUUUCAACUCGAAGACUUUAUUCCUCGAGGAUUCUGGGUGAUUUGAUUUAAAAUUAAAAUUGUGAUUUGAUUUAGAAGCUAAUUCUGAACGUUAGUCUCUAUCAAUCUAAGGGGAUGUCUUGGUUUACAAAUUGUAUGUACUUUUUGUUGAUUCUUUAUCUUUGCUCGUCUGUACUUCGUUUUCUUUAUUCUGAUCCGAUCCCAGAGCUAGCCUGUUGGAAGUUCAAGCCAGACCUCAGAGCGUCAACGUUUCGGUCAAUUAUUACUCUGCUCCUCGAAGCGUCAGCGCGAAGGCCUCCGCGACCGGAAGCGUGAUCCUCCUCCCUCGGCGUACGAUUCGCGUAACUCUGUCUCUCUUUCUCUCUCUUUCUCUCUUAAGUGUCCUGGAAAAGCGAACGAAAGCGAAAGCGAAAGCGCACGAACGGAAAAGCGGAGGUGCGAGCGAGAGGACCCCCGAUUUCGUCUCCUAUCGAGAACGCCGCCGAUCGACGUCGAUCGGUCCCGUCGAUCGAGGCGAGGCUGGAACGCAGUCGCCGAAAUUAGACGAGCGAGACCGCCGGGAGGCCGAGGAAGAGCACGAAGAGGACGAUCGGUCGAUCGUUCGCUCGGCGAGCUUCGAUAACGCGGUCCCCAAUUCUUCCUGCUUCAUGGCCAUUCC